CUGGGAGGGCUGUUAUCUCAGUGGCAGGGCAUGUUCUUUGCCUGCAAAAGAUAUCCCCGAUUCUUUCGUGGAUUUGUUCUUCUUACCUGUUGCAUGCAUUAAUAUUAGGACUAUGUGGAUGCCAAUCCCUGUUCCUGAGGGAGAAAAAGCAGGUGGGCAAGGGUGGAUGAGGUGGCAGCUUCUUCCACGACCGACCCUCUAUACUGCACAGCCCAGAGAGAGAAGUUGUGUUCAGUAGGUCAGGGGUGGACAGAUUGUGGUAUUUAUUUGAGGGAUGUUUGGGGUUUAUUUAAACUAGAACCACAAGGUCCAACCAAAGCUGGUAGUAAAAUAAUGACCGAUUGGAUGAGAGCACUAAUAAUAAUAAUAAUCUAGAGACUAGACUUCUGCUGAUGCAGUCUAGAAUAUCAUUAGCUUCUUUUGCUGCAACAUCACAUUGUUGACUCAUAUUGUGGUCUACUAAGACUCCUAGAUCCUGUUAACAUAUACUGCUGAUGAACCAAGUGUCCCCCAUCUUAUAUUGGUGCAGCUAGUUAUUCCUGCCUAAGUGUAAUACUUAAUAAUAAAUAAGUAUUAUUUAUACCCCACCCAUCUGGCUGGGUUUUCGCAGAUUGACUCUGGUUGGCUUCCAGCACAUAUCAAAGCAUUUAAUUAAUUAAUGUUUGGAUUUCUAAUUCAUUUCAAUGAGUCUAGUCUGAGUAGGACAAGCAUCCGAGGCAACCGUGUGUGUGUGUGUGUGUCUUUCCCAAAGGUGUCUUUCCAGGAUAUAAAGCGAGGCAGGAAACAGUUAAGCGGGGAGAUGUGGAAAGGUGGGAGGGGGCACAGAGAGAGAGGAGGAGGAGGAGGAGGAAGAAGAAGAAAGAGUCGCCUUGUUAGUUUGUUCGCAACUUCAAAAAGCCCAUUACUCAAGAAAAGAAACCCAUGAAUACCUGGGUGUCGGUGUGUAAGAGAUACAUAGUGCGUGUCAGCAAAGAGAGAAGGGGCUCCCAAGUGCUGGUGGGAUGGCUCGGCUGGCUUUUCCCUCUCGCUUGCCUCUGCCCUCUUGCAGGCAGAAUGAAAGGCGCACCCACCGAUCCCACUUCCUGCCUCUCCCCCUCCGUUGUUUGCUCGCCUGGCUCCUUCCCGUCCUCUCCCCUGCCUGCCUGCCUGCCUCCUCCAGCUGGGAGCGCGGGGCAAGGGCACCGCGCGCAUCCGGCGGGGCAGCCUUCGCGGGGAGGUGCGCGCCUCCUGGUCGCCGGAGCAACGGGCUGCUUUGGCGAGGCCAGCCCAGUCGAGCAGGAGGCGGGUCUGCUGCCCAAGCCCGGAAGCAGCGAGACGGAGAAGAAGGCGCCGCCGCGAUGCAGGCUGCAGGAGAGGCGGAAGUUUUGCUGCGAGCAGCCACUCGGGAGAGGCUGGAGAAGUUCGCGCAGCUGAGAGGUGGAAGGGCUGGGUUGGGGGACUCACUGCGCCCCGGAGGCGCUCAGGGCGCAGACCUUGGGGCCGGCUCCUCCCCUGGCGAGCAGCCUUCCCGCGAGGGACUGCGAAGGCCUCCACUCCCGCAGUAUCCCCAGCGUGCAAAGGAAGGACUGGCCCAGCCGGGAGGGCCAGGGCUGGGCCGCUCUGGUCUGCAUAUGUAAGGGUGCUGCUGGGCAGAUCCAAAUGCAAUGGAGCAUGCUCAGCUGCGACCCCCGGCCUUUUCAUUGCCCACCUUGGCAGAAAAUGCGCUCCACACCCAGGUCCCCAUUCUGAGGGAAGAGGGUCCGGGACAACAGAGGAGAAGUGUGUUGUUGUUGUUGUUUUUCCCACCCAGGCUAGACUGAAACUUGCGCAGGAAAAUAAUGUCCUGCAGCUCUUGCUUCAAAGCUGACACACCCGUAGAACCUGCUCAGUCUCUCCCAUUUCAGACCCUGCCAGCCUGGCAAAAAGAGACCCAUUGAUACCUGAAGCUAGGUGAUCCUGUUACAGGGAGAAACUAUAAAAGUGAGAACGUGGAUGGUUUUGAUAUCUGCCAUCUCGCUUUAAAGGCAGCCAGCUUGCUACCCGUCUCUUCCGCCUGGUGCUCAUCUGAUUGAGACUGCAGUUGUUUCAUUCGCCAAAACAAGGCUUCAGUUAUUUAAAAAAAUUUUUUUUAAAAUACCUUGCACACAAAAUCCUCUUACCAAAAUAGGUAUUUUGAAGACUGUACAUGCAGUUCAAAUGUUUUUAGCAGCACAAUGGAAUGCAUGUUUAUACAGAAGUCCUAGCUCGUUCCAUGAGCUUACUCCUAGGUAAAUGUGCAUAGGAUUGCUGCCUAGUUGUGUCACUCUAGUUGCGUGCCAUGCAACAGAGGAAUGUGGAAUGGCAGAGGUAAUGCCUUCUUCCUUUCCAAGUGAGACAGAGCACAGAUGAUUAGUGAGAGGUACAGUGACUUAAUAAUUGAGGUCUCCAGGAUUUUCUUUCUAUUUAGCAGUGUGAGGCAGGGAUGACAUUGGAGUAUGUUCUCAUCCAUGUCUUAAUGAGGACAUAUUUUGACAACAAUUCUACAGAAUCCACAAACUGUUUUAUCUGAGCCACACACCACAGCUCUCUCUAUUUUGAUGCCUCAUAAGUGAAAGUGGUUUUUCUGAGUGUAUUUUCCUAUAACAUUGUGUUGAGUAAGUGCAUCAAUCUGCAGAGACUAUGCAGGAAUGUGAUGCCUUAAUAUUGGUAAAGCAAGCACGUCAACGUAUGGCCAGUGGUUGGAGAGAGACUAGGGAACCCAUGAAAAUUGUUUUGAGCUUCCGAAAGAGAGUGUGUGGUAUAGGUGCAAUAAUUGAACUAGCUAGAAAGCCCAUAGGGAUUACUAAAUAGCAGUAAUCUGAAGGGAAGCGCCAGAUUUGAUGGGGUACUGUUUUUGACAGGUUGGUCAUCAAAGGAAUAGAAAUAGUUCCUUGCCAGAGAGAAGCAGUCCUGUAUCUUAGCUGCCUCAUGUGCUUAUUCUUUGUUUUUAAUCUUCUGGCAUUUACAGCAAAAGGAAGGAGUCAACACUCAAACCACAAAUUCUCCUUGCUUGUCCCCUGAUAAAUACCAAGUUGUUUUUAAAACAAUAAAACAAAAUAAAACAAAAAUAGUCAGCUAGGAGAGGACAAACUAGCUCUUUCCCCCAGGCAAGGAGCUAUACCUAGUCCUUUGAGUCACCAGGGCUCUUAUUCUUGGGAAGACCAGGGAAGACAAAGGAUGAAGUGUGUCAGAAUUUUAAGUGACUCUAGGUUUCCUUGCCUUUGGGAAUAGUUGUGGAAGGGAGCCCUUUAGGUUAUUAAGCAAACAUAAAAUUGAGCCUGGUGUUUAGGAUUCCUUCUUUUCUCUUAUAUCAAUAGAUGCUGUUAGGUAGGCAACUGCCCCCAUUCCCCUUCUUCAAAUUUCUCUUCACAAAUCCCUGAUAUGUUAUGGUUUUCCAAAACUAAUUAGUGAAUGGUUGAUUUUAAUCACUCACAUUUUGUUUGCAGAAUGAACUUCAGCAAUUGUAGUUAUCAGAUCUGUGUAGACAUUUAAAAAUAAAAAUAAAAUAUUUUUCCUCCCUGCCACACCCAGUUUAAUGCACAAAGUAAUAACUACUCCGACUAAACCACAUACUGUACUUUCACAGAGCCAGGAGCAUUGUAACAAAAGAGCCACUCUUGUCCUGGGCAUUGUAAUAUCACCUGAUUCUGUAUGCAGAGUUACUGACUUGUAGUACCAAAAAGCAUAGAUCAUAGAAUUGCAGAGUUGGAAGGGACCCUGAGGAUCAUCUAGUCCAACCCCCUGCAAUACAGGAAUAUGUAACCAUCCCAUAUGGGGAUUGAACCUGCAGUAUCAGCACCACGCUCUAACCAACCGAGCUAUCCAGAUUACAGAUGAAGCCAUGUUGGUUCGUAAACCUUCAAAAUCCACAGUCAGAUAAUGUCCCCUGCUCCCACUUGUUCUGGGGCUAGUCCAAUUCCUCUGAGCCAAUUUCUGUGGGUGGUGUUAGGAGAAGAGGCGGGAAAGCCCAUUGCGCAAGAAGAAACCCUUAGGUAACUGCUGCCCAAUAGCUUUAUUAGGACCUGGAGCGAGUCUCAAGAGCCAGGUAAAGAGGCCUGGGGGGAACACAUUUGUGUGCGCACCCCGGCAGGUGUGAGAUUCUCCAUCUCUGGUUUAGCUAGAAAGGUAAGGAAUGGGAGCCAAGCCUCAGAGUCUAUUAGGGAGAGGAUCGUUUUAAAGCGCUUCAGCGCUCUUGGCAAUUGUAUCUCCAGUAAUAAAAUGUUCUUAUCUUCAAACAGGUAAAACGGUCCAAUCUGGAACAUUUUGGGAUAUUGUUGUAAUAACAGCAGUUGACAAGAAACAAGAAAUAGCUUACCAGCAACAAUUAUCCCAAAAGCUGAAAAGAAAGGAACUCCCGCUCGGUGUUCAUUACCAUGUUUUCGUGGAUCCUCCUGGACCAAAAAUUGGUGGGUUCUGAUCGCAUUUCCUGGGAAUGUGACAACAUGACAGAUAAGUUCUUUGUAGCAAAGUUAAAAGCAUAACCCUAGCUCAAAUAAGCACUAUCAUUUUCUUCCAUUAAAACUCAUAGGACAUAACAUUGCUUAAGUUUAAUAACAAUAAUUUGAUCUUGUACCUCGCCCUCACUGCCAUAAGAGCCCAGCGUGGCUCAACAGUAUAUUUUGCUUAACUUUGGCAGGCUCGUGCCUCAAGUUUGGAAGGCUAACUUUCCAGUCAUCUGGUGAGCAGAAACUGAGCCAGUUUGUGGUUUAAAUAUUCAGCAUAAUUUGAUUAAUUUUCAGACAGAUAAAAAGGUUCUCCUUCGGGUGCAUAUUAUGACAGCUGUAUCUCUUUCACUGAAAGAUUUCCAGAAUGCCAUUAGAAGCUGAAUUAUAUUAAUUAAACCUCCAAAAAUAUGUUCAAAUACUAUUAUUAAGCUUCUUUUGAUUCAAGUGUGCAACUCCCAUUUGUAUUAAUGAGACGGAUGUUCUUUUGGACGACAUGACAGUUGAAUAGAUUCAUUAAGGUCUAUCCUAGUUUAGGUAUUAUCAUCUGUGCGUUCUCAUCAUGUAUUAUGGUGUCUAAGACGCCAAGGCUAUUUCUACAGGUAGAAACUGGACAAAGGGUUGGAGUACUUGGCCAGCAACCCGGCUAGCAAUCAGUGUUGCAUUUAAUUCCACCUUAUGAAAUAAGAACCCACAUCUAUCUUACUCUGGGUCAGAGGCAGUAUGGCUCUCAGUACCUGUUGCUAGGAACUUAAGGAGGAGACAGUGCUUUUGUGGUCAAGUCCUGCUUGCAGGCUUCUCAUACUCAUUUCUUUGACCACCGCGAGAACAAAGUGCUGGACUAAAUAUGCUGUUGAUGUGAGCCAGCAGGCUUUUCUCCUGUAUUAGCAAAAGUGUCCUAUAUAUGCUUUAUACUGUUCAACCAAGCCUGAUUUUAGUGUUCACAGAGAGAGGUCACAGUCCACUGAGUAACUCUGCAGCCAACCAUGGUUUCACCAUGGCUAACUCUAGAAGGGUAAAGAGCCCAGGCUUGCUGGGAGUCCAGAUUUCAGUCAUAAUAUAAAAGCCGUGUCUGUUUGAGAAGUAUGUUAAUGAUCAUUUUAGUCUUGGAUAAAUAUUACUGCAUCAGGUGUACCUUCAGACUGAUUCUGAAACCGAUCUGUGAAGUUAAAUAUUCUAUCCAGUCAGUCAUCAACUUUUUUUGUCCUAUUCAUUGGGCUUGACAACUUUGAGGUAAAUUUUCAAUGUAAAAUUUUCAUUACCCAAAUCACUAUGAAGUAAAAAAAAAAAAUCAACAUAAAUGUGUUGCAUUUAUGUCAGUGAGGUAGAAAUAAAAAUAGACUAAUUGUGUAUUAGCGAAAGCAGUCUUGAAGCAGAAACCUGUUGUUUGCUUCUUUAUAUGUAAACAUAUUCAUUUUAUCACAUUUAUUGUAUCCCACUCAGGACAGUUCAUGGGAACUCUUAGUUUGUCUUUACUGUAACUCUGUGAGGUAAGUUAGACAGAGAGAUGGUGAACUGGUCCAACAUCACCCAGUGAGCUUUAAGGGGAUUUGAACUGACAUAAAUUUCAAAAGAAAGAUAUUUCUCUCCAUCCUAUUAUGUGAGCCCAGUUAAGUGAUCUCAUACUAGAAGUGAGCGAACUGAAUACUCAAGGCAUAUUGAUUGCCUCUUCUUGUUAUUUAUAAAUUGAAGUAUGUGUUGAAAUGUUUUGUAGGAAACGGUGGAUCAACGCUUCAUGUCCUUCAGUGCUUAGAAGAACGUUAUGGUGAUAAAUGGGAUUCUUUUACCGUCAUAUUAAUUCAUUCUGGUAAUCUGUUCCUUUAAAUUACACUUCUCUUGCAUUAUGUAGGGUGUUUUUCUUCCUUGAAGAAAAGAUAGCAGUGAAGAUGAAUAGGGGUUUUCCCCACUACAAAAUUAAACUCAAAUUGGAUUGGCUUAUUUAGGUCAAAUCAUCUGAAUCAUCAUCCGAUGCAAAUACCUUACACAGGAGAAGAGAAGGAAUAUAGAACAGCCAAUGGCAGCAUCCAAUAAAAUCUCACUCCCCUUUCACUCCCCUAAAGUUGGAGGGGGCAGGGUGUAACUUCCUUAUGGUACAUAGCACUGGAUUCAGAAAUACAGUGCAAUCCUGUGUGUGGUGAGUUUUCAGUGCACCAGAAAGUAAUAACCACAUUACUAGACUGUCCAUUAACAUGUUAUGGGUUGUAUGCUUAAUAGUAUACACUUGGUUAUGGGAUUAUCUUCUAUCCGGGCAUACAGAGAAACAUGCACGUUGACAAUUAUUUUCUCAAUAUACUGUUAGUUUGGAUGUCAUACUAUAACUUGUUUUCAACCAUGAGUUGAUUGUGAAUGUGCCUCUUGCCCUCCAUGCAGCUUCGCCACCUCAGUGGAUGUAGCACACAGCACAAACACGCCACUAUAUAGCUUGUGUUUUGUGAACCCAAAUGGUGGUUUUUGUUUUAGCUUUUAGCCAACCAAUCAGAAUUAAGUCAAUGUUUGUGGAAGUCCUUAUUUUAUACAUGGGUAUGUUCGUAGCAAAAGGAAGAACAAAGAAACAGUGGGGUCACUCAGAGGAGAAGAUGGUGAAAUGCAAACAGGGGACACAGAAAGGGCUGAACUCCUCAAUGCCUUCUUUGCCUCAGUCUUCUCCAAUAAAGAAAACAAUGCCCGACCUGAAGAAUUUGGAGCAAAUGAUUCAGCAGAGGAAACACAGCCCAGCAUAACUAAGGAGAUAGUACAAGAAUACUUGGCUAGUUUAGAUUUAUUCAAGUCUCCAGGGCCAGAUGAACUGCAUCCAAGAGUAUUAAAAGAACUGGCAGAUGUGAUCUCAGAACCACUGGCAGUCAUCUUUGAGAAUUCCUGGAGAACAGGCGAAGUCCCGGCAGACUGGAGGAGGGCAAAUGUUGUCCCUAUUUUCAAAAAGGGAAAAGAGAGGACCCAAAUAAUUACCGCCCAGUCAGUCUGACAUCAAUACCAGGGAAGAUUCUGGAGCAGAUCAUUAAGCAAACAGUCUGUGAGCACCUAGAAAGGAAUGCUGUGAUCACCAAUGGUCAGCAUGGAUUUCUGAAAAAUAAGUCAUGCCAGACUAACCUGAUCUCGUUUUUUGACAGAAUUACAAGCCUGGUAGAUGAAGGGAAUGCAGUGGAUGUAGCCUACCUUGAUUUCAGCAAGGCAUUUGACAAGGUGGCCGAUGAUAUUCUUGUAAAGAAGCUGGUAAAAUGCGGUCUUGACUAUGCUACCACUCAGUGGAUUUGUAACUGGCUGACUGACCGAACCCAAAGGGUGCUCAUCAGUGGUUCCUCUUCAUCCUGGAGAAGAGUGACUAGUGGGGUGCCACAGGGUUCUGUCUUGGGCCCGGUCUUAUUCAACAUCUUUAUCAACGACUUGGAUGAUGGACUCAAGGGCAUCCUGAUCAAAUUUGCAGAUGACACCAAACUGGGAGGGGUGGCUAACACCCCAGAGGACAGGAUCACACUUCAAAAUGACCUUGACAGAUUAGAGAACUGGGCCAAAACAAACAAGAUGAAUUUUAACAGGGAGAAAUGUAAAGUAUUGCACUUGGGCAAAAAAAUGAGAGGCACAAAUACAAGAUGGGUGACACCUGGCUUGAGAGCAGUACAUGUGAAAAGGAUCUAGGAGUCUUGGUUGACCACAAACUUGACAUGAGCCAACAGUGUGGCCGCGGCAGCUAAAAGCCAAUGCAAUUCUGGGCUGCAUCAAUAGGAGUAUAGCAUCUAGAUCAAGGGAAGUAAUAGUGCCACUGUAUUCUGCUCUGGUCAGACCUCACCUGGAGUACUGUGUCCAGUUCUGGGCACCACAGUUCAAGAAGGACACUGACAAACUGGAACGUGUCCAGAGGAGGGCAACCAAAAUGGUCAAAGGCCUGGAAACGAUGCCUUAUGAGGAACGGCUAAGGGAGCUGGGCAUGUUUAGCCUGGAGAAGAGGAGGUUAAGGGGUGAUAUGAUAGCCAUGUUCAAAUAUAUAAAAGGAUGUCACAUAGAGGAGGGAGAAAGGUUGUUUUCUGCUGCUCCAGAGAAGCGGACACGGAGCAAUGGAUUCAAACUACAAGCAAGAAGAUUCCACCUAAACAUUAGGAAGAACUUCCUGACAGUAAGAGCUGUUCGACAGUGGAAUUUGCUGCCAAGGAGUGUGGUGGAGUCUCCUUCUUUGGAGGUCUUUAAGCAGAGGCUUGACAACCAUAUGUCAGGAGUGCUCUGAUGGUGUUUCCUGCUUGGCAGGGAGUUGGACUCGAUGGCCCUUGUGGUCUCUUCCAACUCUAUGAUUCUAUGAUUCUAAAAGUGGAAAGCUUUAAAGUUCUCCAGAACUCUUCAUCAGGCAGAAUGUUCUGCAAAAAGUAGUUUGGGGGUAGUGUAUGAAAAUUAGGCUGAAUGUUGUAGUCAUUAGAUCAGCUUGUAGACCCCGUCCCAAGAUGGAGAUUGCAAGCUAAAGAAGGCCCUCCUGGUUGCUAUAGAUACCAGGUCACACAUAUAAGAGUCUGCUAUAAAGAACCAAUGGCUACUCCCCAUUUUUGAGAAAAGAAAAGUCUAGUUCAGGCUUCCUCAACCUCGGCCCUCCAGAUGUUUUGAGACUACAAUUCCCAUCAUCCCUGACCACUUUGUCCUGCUAACUAGGGAUCAUGGGAGUUGUAGGCCAAAAACAUCUUGAGGGCUGAGGUUAAGGAAGCCUGAUCUAGUUCAUACAUCACAUCUAAGAUUGGGGAGCCAGUUGCUUUCAUACAGUAUAAGGUGAAUGUGUCAGUCAUAAUUUAAAUAGCAAUUUCAGCUUUCAUUUCCCUGUUUAAUAAAACAUGUUUUGUAAAUGUUGUAACCUGGUCUGAGCCCUUGGGGGGGGAUAUAAAAUUAUAUAUCUAAAUAAAUAAAUUCCCCUUGCAUUGCAUGGCUUUCUGCUUCAGAUUUAAUGAAUUCUGUAAUGGUUGUUCUUAACAAGCGAUGGUGUUUUUGUUGUGGAGGUGGAUAUGAUUAACAAAAUCAGUCCUCCUGGCAAACUGGGAAUAUCCCCUCACUCGCACAGUUUAGUACAUUCUGCAAGAAGAGGCAGUUGGUCCCUCUUAACUGACAUUCUUAACUGAACAUAACGGAGCAUCCACUGAAGGGAGGGGCUGAUUCCAGAGCCCUGCCCACCAGAUACCCAGCACUCUACUAUUCAAAUUAGGCCCCAGUGUUUUUCUUAAAAGUUUUCACAGGACUACACCAUCAAUCACACAAAAAAAUGCUUAGGUAAAAUGUUAUAUAACUUAUGAAAUCGUUUAAAUUCUGUGUAUCUGCAUGAACACCUGUGUGCAUGUUGUAAAAGUUACUCUUUUAUUUAUUUACUUCUUAAGGUGGCUACAGUCAACGUUUACCAAAUGCGAGUGCUCUGGGGAAAAUCUUCACAGCUUUGCCUUUUGGGGACCCGGUUUAUCAAAUGCUGGAUUUAAAAUUGGCUAUGUACAUUGAUUUCCCCCUCCACAUGAAUCCAGGCAUCCUGAUUACUUGUGCCGACGAUAUUGAACUUUAUAGUGCUGGAGCAACAGAAUUCAUAAGGUUUGAUCAGCCCGGGUUUACUGCAUUAGCCCAUCCUUCCAGUUUGACCAUUGGUACGACUCAUGGUGUGUUUGUGUUGGAGCCAGCAUCACUUUUGACAGAAAAGGGACAGCUCGAAUACAGAUCAUGCCACCGUUUCCUGCAUAAGCCUAGCAUUGCAAGGAUGCGCCAGUCUGGAGCAGUGUGUGAAAGAGGUCAUUGUCCAGCACCUUCUCCUGGAGGAGAGGGAAACUUCAAUGUCAUUUCUGAAUGCGUGUACACAGAUAGUUUAUUUUACAUUGAUCACACCACUGCAAAACUACUUCUGGCCUUUUAUAAACAGAUGGGCGUAUUGUGCUGUGAAAUAGAUGCCUAUGGCGACUUUCUCCAGGCAUUAGGGCCCGGAGCAACACCAAAUUAUGCAAAAAACAUAGAAAACGUCACAAAAGAAGAGUCGGGCCUAGUGGAAAUAAGGGAGAAAAUAUUUGAACUUCUAAAAGGAUUGCCACUCAAUGUUGUACUCUUAAAUAACUCCAAAUUCUAUCACAUUGGGAUGACUUGCGAAUAUUUGUUUCAUUUCACGUCUGAUAGGAAGUUGAAAUCAGAAAUGGGGUUGAUGCCAAAUGUUUUUAGCAUCUGUCCAGACAGCGUGGAGGACACUGGGAAAUCGGCAUGUAUCAUUCACAGUAUACUCGGUCCAAGGUGUUCUGUUGCACCUGGCUCAGUAGUUGAAUAUUCUUGGCUGGGACCAGAGGUUUCAGUGGGAACAAACAGCAUCAUCAGCGGCUGUUAUAUUGACACAAAAGCAGACAUACCUCCAAACACUUUCAUAGCUACACUAAGCGUGAGGAUUGAUGGAGAAGUAAUGUAUGUGAGCAUGGCGUUUGGUACAGAAGACAACUUGAAAAAGAAAGUGACAGAUUUGGCAGAUACUCACUUAAUCAAUUUUUUUGGAAUCAGCCUUGGACAGAGCUUAGAGCUCUGGGGCCUGAGAAUUUCGGACGAGCUCUUUUCUGGUGAUGAGACCUGUCGAGGGUUAUGGACAGCUCGGCUUUUCCCUAUUUGCUCCACUUUAAGCGAUUCACUGAAAGCGUCUUUAGGGAUUCUAAACUCUGCGCAGAACAUGUUGCCUUUUAAAUUGAAUGGUUUUAAGCUCCUGUCUGUUGAGGAAAUGCUUCGCCAUAAAGAUGUAGAAGACAUGUUGAGGUUCAGGCAUCAGCUCUAUGAAGAAAUCAGUCUGCAGAAACUGAAAAGGGAAUCUGAUUUAUGAAAAGUCUAUGGAAGUGUUAACAUUUCCUCCCCGUUCUUUAAUUUGAAGAGGAUUGAUUGCUUUCAAGCUUGCGGAAACCCAGGAGCAAGCAGCACACACACUUUUCCUCCCGUCUGUCUUUCAUUGAAGUAGAAAUAAUGAAACUGCAUUAACAGUGUUAUUGUAGCAUAACAUUAAUAAUGCAAAAAAAAUGCAGAUAAACUAUUCUUUUGAUGAAAAAAUUAAUGAAAUAUUUCACAUCUAUAAAAACACAAAGAGGCAAAUAGCUGUCCAUUAUUAUUAUUAUGUUUUUGGUUUUUACUAAUUCAAGUGGGGAACAGAACUUAUUAAUUAGAAGUUUUAAGUGGUUUUCAAUCAAACUUUUUCAAAGAAGGAUAUUACCUCUUGCAACACUUUACCUUUUCUCGGGCUGGUUUGUUUUAAGUGGAGAAAACAAUUGUGCAUUUGAUCAUGUCUGUAUAAUCUUCAUCCCUUUUGUUUGCAUUCAUUUUUUAUUCAGAUUUGCCAUGGCCAAUGACUAGCGCAAUAAAGUUAUUUGGAUUGGAUUGGAGAAUCUUCAUUGAGCAAACACUGAGACAUCAGAAUGACAGCUGGUGUGCAAGUUCACAGUACCAUUCCACAUUUUGUGUGUGAAUUCUUAAACCUACCAUCCCUAUUUUUCAAAUAUAUGUGGCUGUGCCUUCAUUAUUAUCUUUUAGGCACAAGCUGUGCAUUACAGUCCUAAGCAAGUUUACUUAGAAGUAAGCACCACUGAGUUCUGUAGGAUUUACACAUUUCCAGUGUUCAGGAUUACAGACUGAUCCACUAAAGUAUUUGGCUUUAAUUACGGUUGGCUUUUAAUAUAUUGUGUUUAUAUGCUGCCUUCUUAUUUCUGUCUUUUAUGUUCUUGGUUAGUUUUUUUGUUGUUACGAUUUUAAAACAUCUUUGUAAACUGCCUUGAACAUCUAUCUGAUGCGAAAGAAGGAUAUGAAUAAAAUAAAAAAUGAAAUUGCUCCAUAACCAAAGG